AUGUCACCUGUUACUGAGAUUGGUACUGAGUCUCAGGACAGUGCAGCUGGGGAUGAUACAUUGUCUCAGGCCAUGCUGCGAAUCCUAGAGAGGAUCGUUGAGGCUAAUGCUAGAUCUGGAGGCUGUGGGUCGGUUAUGGAACGACUCCGAUCCAAUGGGCCUGAGGUAUUCAGGGGCAUCGCUGGAGUUACUUCUAAUGUGGCUGAGUAUUGGAUGGAGACCACGGAGUGUAUUAUGGAUGAUCUAGAUUUUACUGCCGAGCAGAAGCUCAAGGGGGUUAUUUCGCUGUUUCGCAAUGAAGCAUAUCAGUGGUGGCUGACGAGAAAAUAUGUGGGGUCUAGUUACAUCAAUGCUAGGAGGCGUGAGUUCCUGAAUCUUACUCAGGGAGAUCGUUCAGUGGCUGAGUAUGAGGCCGACUUUCUGAGGCUGAGCCGUUAUGCACGAGGCAUUGUGGCGACUGAGUAUGAGCGUUGUAGGGAGCGUGAUUUUGACGUAUUGGUCGAGAAGGCCAAGAUUACGGAGGAGGUUAAACGCGCUGAGAGCCAGAACCAUGACAGAGGGAAGGCUAAGAGGGAUGUAGAGUCUUCGAAUGUUGGGGUGAGGCCUAGGAAAAAGGCCAGAUCUAAUGGGCCCAUGAGAGUUGGGCCUACUAUUACACCUGCUGGGGUAGCGAUUUGUCAGCUUUGUAAUAAACGCCAUCCGAGCGAGUGUUGGAGGUCUACUGGAGCUUGUCUUAGAUGUGGGUCUUUUGAGCAUCGUGGUAAGGACUGUCCAUUGAGGACUAAUCAGAUGCAAGCUUCGGCUACUAAGAAUAAAUAG